GGCUAGGACACAGUGCGGAGAAAGGGGCUCCUGGUCUCGCGUGCCACACUGCUACCCGCUGGCGGGAACUGAAAAGAGAGUGGGGAGAGCUCGGAAUCUGCGCCAUGGCUGCGGUGACCUAUGAGGAUGUGCAUGUGAACUUCACUCAUGAAGAGUGGGCUUUGCUGGGUCCUUCCCAGAAGAGUCUCUACAGAGAUGUGAUGCUGGAGACCUACUGGAACCUCACGGCUAUCGGCUAUAAAUGGGAAGACUGCAAUAUUGAAGAACAUUGUAAACAUCCUGCAAGACAUGGAAGGUAUAUCAUCUGUCACUCUGGAUACAAGCCAUGUGAGGAUAAGCAAUAUAAAAAGAAGCAAUGUGCCCCUGUCUCUCCCAGAACAAUUAGACAAUGUGUAGUAGUCCCCACUGUGAGAAGACAUGAUGACUGUGAUACAGAUUUACAGUUAACUGGUUUUCCAACUUCCAUGGCAGCCCAUCAUCAAACUAACACUGGAGAGAAACCUUAUGAGUACAAGGAAUGCAGAAAUUCAUCUGUCCAUAUUGGUUCACUUUGUACCCAUCAUGUGACUCACAAAAUAGGGAAAUAUUAUGCAUAUAACCAGUGUGGUAAAACCCUGAGUUCUUCCAGUUCUCUUCUAGGAUGUGAAAAAAUUCUGGUGGGAAAAGGAAGUGAUAAAUUUGAGUCAUGUACUAAAGGCUUUAACCAUCAUAGGUAUCUUCAAACACAUAAAAGAACCAAUAGUGAAGAGGAUCUCUAUGAAUAUAAUCAACAUGAUAAAGACUUUAGAUCUAAUUCAUCUGUAAAAUUACACAAAAGAACUCAUUUGGAAAUUGAGCUUUAUGAAGAUAAUCAAAGUGAUAAAGCCUUUGCAACUCAUACUAGAGAGAAAAGGUAUGGAUAUGAUCAAUGUGGUAAUAAUACCUUUGCCUGUCUUAGUUGUCUUCAAAUACAUGAAAGAAUUAGUUUGGAGAAACCCUUUGAAUGUAAUCAAUGUAGUAAAGCUUUUGCAUAUAAAAGUCAUCUUCACAGACAUGAAAAGAUUCAUACUGGAGAGAAACCCUAUGGAUGUAAUCAGUGUGGUAAAGCCUUUGCAUAUAACAGUUAUCUCCAAAGGCAUGAAAGAAGUCAUACUGGAGAGAAACCCUAUGAAUGUCAUCAAUGUGGUAAAGCCUUUUCACGUAACAGUCAUCUUCACCGGCAUGAAAGAAGUCACACUGGGGAGAAACCUUAUGGACAUAAACAAUGUGAUAAAGCCUUUGCACAGAAGAGUCAUCUUCACAGUCAUGAAAGAAAUCUUACUGGACAAAAGCCCUGUGAAUAUAAUCAAAGUGGUAAAGCCUUUGAACAGAAUAGUCAUCUUUUCCAUCAUGAAAUAAACCAUACUCGAGGAAAAUCCUAUGGAUGUAGUCAAUGUGGUAAAGCCUUUGGGCGUUACAGUAAUCUUCGAAGGCAUGAAAGAAGUCACACUGGAGAGAGACCUUAUGAAUGUAAUAAAUGUGGUAAAGCCUUUGCACAAAACAGCCAUCUUCAUAAGCAUGAAAGAAGUCACACUGGGGAGAAACCCUAUGAAUGUAAUCAAUGUUUGAAAGCCUUUGCAUGUAAAAGUAACCUUCACAGGCAUGAAAGAAGACAUACUUGAGAGAAACACUAUGGUUCUAACAGUGUGGUGAGGUCUUUUUACAGAAUAGUCAUCUUCAUAGGCAUGAAAAAGUCAUACUGAGCCAAAAGCUUAUGCAUUUAAUCAAUGUGAUAUAGCCUUUGCAUGUUGUAGCAACUUUCAGAAGCAUGACAGAAUUCAUGCUUGUAAAAAGUCAUAAACCUAAUGAGUUAGGUAAAGACUGUAUUCCACAUACAUUUUUCCCAUUGAGCUAUCUCUCUGGGGCUUGAGUAAGAUUAGUAGAAACAGUUCAUCAUUAAAAUAAUGUCUCAUUUACAAAUUGUAAACAUAUUGUCAUCCAAG